GCCGCUUCGCUGACGCCCAGCUGCGGCCUGGCCCGCGCGCGCGUCGCGGCGGCCCGGGUGCCCCCCGCCACGCACUGGCCCAGCCCGCCCUCCGCCCAGCCCGCGCGCCGGGGCCAUGUGAGGGGGCAGCUCCCUCGGUCGCCGCCUCCUCCUCCUCUUCCUCCCCCCCGCCCCCUCCCUCCCCUCCCGCCCCCCUCGCUCGGGGCCCUGGAGGAGCCCCCGCUGCAGCCCGCCCUCCCCUGAGCAACCCCCACGAUGGACAGGAACUACGCGACCUCCGGCUUCGCCGAGCCGCCGCCGCCGCCGCCCGCGCCCCCCGUCGCCCCCGCCAGCGCCGCCGCGCCACCCCCCGCCCCUGCCUGGGCCUACGAACCCCGCGCGAUCGCCGCCACCAGCAGCAGCAACGGCGGCGGCAGCGGCGGCGGCGGCGGCGGCAGCAGCAGCGGUAGCGGCGGCGGCAGCGGCGGCAGCAGCCCCAGCCUCAAGCCCAGUUUAAGCUAUGAAGAAGGACAUCCCUCACACUCUGAAACAGAUCUCCUGCAGAGACAGACCUUUGCAGCCUCUCACCAGCUUCCUGGAUAUACUUCCACACCUCAGCCAACUGGUAAAGAUUCUCAUGUGCACUAUUUGAACAGUCUUGGCACAGUUGGUCAGUCUAAAGGUCUUUCUGGAAUAUUUGAUACUAGUGUGAACGGUGCCAGCAGUAACAGUAAAGAAUCUUCGGUGAUGAAUUUUCUCUCUGCUGUUGAAUCUCGAACUGCUCAGGCUGCUUCUUCAGGAACUACUCUUUUACCACAAUUCAGGGCUCCAUCCUGGCAGACAGGUAUGCAUUCUUCAUCGGCAGCUGAGCUUUUUGUUACUGGACCUUUGCCAACCACUGGAACACUUCCACCUUCUGCGCUCUCUGCUUAUCAGCAUCCUACUACCUUUAGCAAUAGAAACUUCGCUACCACCUCACCUUUGGUGCUUCCAGAUUCAACUUUUAACACUACAUCAAAUGGAAUUUUAAGUCCUCAUGAUCCUUUGCUGUCAAUCAAGACUUCCCAGGGAACUAUUCCAACUGCUUUGGCAUUUGAGCGUCUGGGAAAUUCUGCAUUAAGUAACAGCGUACCACCUCAGUCAUCGACAUAUCGCUCAGCUCAAGAAUCUGCACCCCAUCUUUUACAACCUCAAUUUAGUUUGUUGCCUUCAGCACUGGGAGGAGCCCAGCAGACUCCUCAAGCCUACAAUUCAACUCUCUUUAAUAGUUCAACUGCGUCCAUUGAUAGAGCUCUUCUUCGAGAAUGUAGUGUUAUCAAACACCAUCAGAGGCCUUCAGGUACCCAGUCUAUUCAGGCACAACUGACUGGUCCACAGCAUUCCUUACAUAGUUAUCUUCCAAAUGCAAGUGUAGUUAAUUUUCAGGAAACAACUAGGCAGCCAUCUUUAUCCUGUAGCCCAAUAGGAGAUUCUACUCAGGUGAGCAAUGGAGGAUUACAACAAAAACCCUCCCAAGUCUCUGUGGAACUUGAUCAGUCUUAUUCAUCUGCAAUUCCGUCAUCAGGAUAUCCUCCUCAUUCUACUACAGAAGUAAAGAGCUGUCCUACGAAACAACCACUAAUAUCUACUAAGACCCUUAAACCUCAGAGUGUAAUUCCUCCUGUGCAAACACUAAGCUAUUCAAAAACUUUACAUAACCAGAGUUCUGUAGUAUCAGGCCAAGCACAAAUAUAUUCUACAGCGCAGCUACCAAGCCUUUUAUCUGUUAGUCAGUCUCAAAAUUAUGGUUUAGUACAGCCACAUAAUGUGCCAUCAAUUGUUCAUUCACAGGUUUAUAGGUCCAGCAAAGUAGAGAAGAUGCCACCUUUAUAUAAAACAUUGACUUUUUCUGGAUCAUCUCAGACUUCUGAAAACCAGACACUAAAUUAUUCGUCUAAUCAGCAAGAGGUAUUAUCUCCAGUUACAAAUGAGAAUUACCCUGCUCAAACAAGAGAUCUGUCUUCAGUUAGCCAGUCUCAGAGUUAUUCAUCUGGUCAUGCUCAGGGUUUAUCACCAGUUAGCCAGACACAGGCUAGCUAUUCAUCUCAAUCACAAGUUUUGUCAGUUGUUAGUCCUUCAGAAAGCUAUGCUUCAGGGCAGUCCCUAACAUUAACAGCCCCUUCUCUUUCAUAUUCUUCUGCCUCUCGGGCUCAGAAUUUGCCAGAUUCUAGCCCAACACAGAAUUACAUUUCCGUGCAUUCUUCCCAAAAUGUUCAGACUCAAGGGUCAUCUCCUCCUCAAUCCCAAAAGUUUUUGCCUGUUGUCCAGUCACCAUCUUUUGCAUCCUCUACCCAUUGUCAGACUUUACAGGAUAAUAUACCAUCCCCUGAUCCAAAGACCUAUGCAGAAAGGAAACUUGAUUCAACUGUGUACACACCUUCCAAGCAAGAAGGUGAUUUUCCAAUGCAAGAGUUACCGGUAUUACAGCCACAAGUAUCUCUUGAGUCUUCGACCCAAAGGCUUUCAGAUGGGGAAAUUAAUACUCAAGAAUCUGCUUAUAAAGUGUCAAAGGCAGAUGACAGAUAUUCCCAGAGUGUAAUCAGAAGUAAUUCCCGUCUUGAAGAUCAAGUUGUUGGGAUUGCCUUGCAGGGAUCCAAAAAAGAAGAAAGCGUGGUUGGUUCAGUGACACAACUUAACCCAACAAUUGGGCAAGUCAGUAAUGCCGCAACCCUUGAUAUGAAGAAGGCAGCUAAUUUAAUGCAGACCCCACAAAUAAGGUUGAAUGCUAAAGACCUGAGCCAGCAGCAUUCUCUUAUUCAUAAGGUACAUGAGACUAAGGUCCAGGAACAGCACGAUCAAAUAAUCAAUCCCUCAUCUCAGAUUCAAAUUCCAAAUCAUGCCUUAGGGCAUGGCCAUCAAGCAACCCUUCCCAAUACACAGGUCCUUUUAGAUCCUGCCUGUGAUUUACAGAUUCUUCAGCAGUCAAUACUGCAGGCAGGUUUAGGACCAGUAAAGGCAUCUCUGCAAGUACAGUGUGUUCAAAGUCCUCAACAAAUAGUACAUCCUUUUCUUCAAAUGGAUAGUCAUAUUCAGAGCAAUGGUGAUCCUUCUCAACAACAGCAGCUCCAUCCUCAGAAUUCUGAAAUUAUGAAAAUGGACCUUUCAGAAUCUUCAAAACCAUUGCAUCUAACAACAAAGGAUCAUUUUAGUGAAACAAAUCAGCAUGAUUCAAAGAAUCAGUUUGUGUCUCUUGGAUCAAUAUGUUUCCCAGAGGCAAUGCUUCUUGGUGAUGAAAGGAAUAUUUUAUCAAAUGUAGAUGAUAUUUUAGCUGCUACAGCAGUAGCUUGUGGGGUCACACCUUCUGAUUUUAGCAAGGCAACGUCAAAUGCAGCCAUUCCGACUGUCGAAGAUGGUGAUUCUAAAUCUCAUUUUCAACAGCCAUUAAAUGUAGGACCUGUGACUUCAGAUUUUAACUCCAUCACUGCUGCAGUAGGCAAGCCACAGACUCUAAGUGAUAUUUCUUUAAAUGGAAAUCAGGUUACUGUAAACCUUUCACCAGUGUCUAGCCUUCAGUCAAAAAUGACUCUUGAUCAACAGCAUGUUGAAACAUCUUGUCAAAGUAGAACAUCUAAAGUAAUUUCUCCAGGGGUUGGAUCAAGUCAUGAAGUUCAGGAGACAAGUUCUGGCCCAUUCAAAACAGAGUCUGCUGCCAAUCAAGAAUCUGAAGAGGACAACGAGGUUCCUGUUGAUAGUGCGUUAAAUAGUAACAGAAACCAAGAAUUUGUCUCUAGUAGUAGAAGUAUAAGCGGAGAGAGUGCUACAUCAGAGAGCGAAUUCACCUUAGGAGGCGAUGACGGUGGUGGACCUGUGAACCCCUCUCGGAGCACACUUGCACUGUUGACCAUGGCUCAGCCUGGGGAUACAGUCGGUGGGAAGCUGGAAGAAGAAAACCAAGAUUUAAUGCAUCUCAACCUUCAGAAGAAAAAAACGAAAGGAAAAGGGCAAACUAAAGAAGACGACAGCAGUAAUCAAAAACAGCUGAAAAGACCUGCCCACCACAAACGCCAGAACCCAAGGGGAGCAGAUACCUAUUUCCCCUAUACUCCUCCUUCCUCAGAAAGCUGCCAUGAAGGUUAUCAGCAUCAAGAAAAAAUGAGACAGAAAAUCAGAGAAGUGGAGGAAAAACAGCCAGAAGUCAAGACAGGAUUUAUUGCCUCUUUCUUAGAUUUUCUGAAGUCGGGGCCCAAGCAGCAGUUUUCCACUCUUGCUGUGCGAAUGCCAAACAGGACCAGACGAUCAGGGACCCAGAGUGUUCGUACAUUUUGUCCCCCAUCACUUCCAAAGACCUCGUCUACAGCACCCACACCUUUUGUACCUGAAACUGGAAGUAAUAGCCCAUCAGAAAAAGCGGAUAAUGAACUGAAGAACUUGGAACCUUUAUCUUCAUUUUCUUCUGAUGAAGAAGACCCUGGAGUAUGCGGUCAGGAUAGUCAUAAAAGCUCCUCUACCACUUUAACUUCUUCGGAUGCUCCUUCCGAUAAAAAGAAGAAAACAGAAGCCAUACAAGUAGCAGCCACUAGCUCAGCUGCCAACACUGCUGGUUCUGCUACUCCGUCUUCUACCACUGCGGGCGUAGUGAAGCCAGACCCUCCCUACUCAGCUUCAUCCACAGUAAAUAACUUGGAAAAUACGAAUUCUGCAGAACCCCCAAAACCUGUUGAACUUGAUAGUCUUCCUUUGGACCAGUUUGCAAAAGGACAAGACACUAUAGCCAUAGAAGGUUUUACAGAUGAGGAGAAUACAGAAAGUGGAGGAGAAGGCCAAUACAGAGAACGUGACGAAUUUGUUGUAAAGAUAGAAGAUAUAGAGACUUUUAAGGAAGCUUUACAAACAGGGAAAGAACCUCCAGCUAUUUGGAAAGUACAAAAAGCUUUAUUACAGAAAUUUGUUCCUGAAAUUCGAGAUGGACAAAGAGAAUUUGCUGCUACAAAUAGUUACCUUGGAUACUUUGGAGAUGCAAAGAGUAAAUACAAAAGGAUAUAUGUGAAGUUCGUUGAAAGUUCAAACAAAAAGGAAUAUGUUAGAGUCUGUUCCAAAAAACCAAGAAAUAAGCCUUCGCAAAAUAUCAGAACUGUUCCAUCAAAACCAAGUAGUAGCAGUAAAACUUCUGACCCUCCAACACCAAAAACUGUGACUACAAAAACCCCUUCUGUGAAACCCAAAGUUAAGCAGCUGAAAGUAAAAGCUGAGCCACCACCAAAGAAACGGAAGAAAUGGAAAGAAGAAUUUUCAUCAUCCCAAUCUGAUUCAUCUCCUGAGAUUCAUUCUAAUAGUAGCGAUAAUGAGGAAUUUGAUCCUCCAGCUCCCCUGGUCACUCGUUUUUUGAACACAAGAGCCAUGAAGGAAACCUUUAAGAGCUACAUGGAAUUGCUUGUUAGCAUUGCUCUGGAUCCUGACACAAUGCAAGCCUUGGAGAAGAGCAAUGAUGAGCUACUUUUGCCUCAUAUGAAAAAAAUAGAUAGUAUGCUGAAUGAUAACAGAAAGAGACUUCUUUUGAAUCUUCAUUUGGAUCAGCCGUUUAAGAAUGCUUUGGAAAGCUUUCCUGAGUUAACGAUAAUUACUCGAGACUCUAAGGCAAAAAGUGGGGGAUCGGCUAUUCCUAAAAUCAAAAUGAAUGGCAAAGCUUAUAAUAAGAAAACUCUAAGAACUUCUAAGACAACCUCUAAAUCUACACAGGAGUUUGCUGUUGAUCCAGAGAAGAUCCAGUUGUAUUCUUUGUAUCAUUCACUCCAUCAUUAUAAAUAUCAUGUUUAUCUUAUAUGUAAAGAUGAGAUUUCGUCUGUGCAGAAAAAAAAUGAAGAUUUAGGGCAGGAAGAAAUUGUUCAACUUUGUAUGAAAAAUGUGAAAUGGGUGGAAGACCUAUUUGAAAAAUUUGGAGAACUUCUAAAUCAUGUACAGCAGAAAUGUUCCUAACAUUUCCGCAAAAAUCCCACCUACUUGAGAUAGCACUCAUAACAAGGCGCCGCGGGGUGGUCAGAGAGGGUCUAGGGCCUCAGAUAACCGAUGUUCAGCGUAGUCUCCUGCAGGCACACCUGCUUUGAUCGUGGAAUUUGCAUCGUGACCUCUGCUCAAGGACAGUGGUGCUGCCAAGGAAGUCACUCCUUCGGAAGUGGACCUAAAUCCCAACCACAUUUUUAUUCGAAUGAAUGAUUUUUCUAUUUUGUAAAUCAUCGAGGAACUGAGUUUUAUUUUCAGAAAUGGUUUUUGACAAAUGAUGAAGCAUGCACUAAAUAUAAUUUUUUCUUUAUUGCUAGAGAGAUAACACUUAAGUAACUUUGUUUUUGUUUUUGUUGUUCUGUUUUGUUUUCUGUUUUCCCUGUCUGACGAAACACCAGAAUGAAAGAGAGGUGGCAGAAAGCGUGUGUUUGUAUCAUGUCUUGCCACACAAGCGGACGUGUUGUACAAUAUGUAAAAGGGAUCUGGUGUUAUGUGACAUUCUGUAUGAGAAUAUCAUCAAUUUAAAAUAUAAAAUUCAGAAACUACAUUCUGCUUUAUGAACUCCUUUUACUCUUAACAUGUUCAGGAAACUGGAUAUGGAUUUUGGUGCAAUUAUGUGACUGCUUUUUAUGUCAAAUUAUAUUGUGAUUAAAAAUAACAGUGACAUACUAUUUUACCUAUCUCAAAGAAAAGUAUUUUCCUUUAUACUGUUUUUCCUUUGGAAAAUUUUUCACUUGUACUUUUUAUUUCACUGGUAGUUGUAUUUUUCACAAGAAAUAUUGUGGUUAUAAUUAUGUUUGUAUUUUCUACUAUACUUUUAUUAUUUUCAGUAAAUUUUAUUUAGUUAUAUAUUGAAUUUCUGUUGACUUCUAUCUUGAGGUAACCUUUUUGUUGUUGUUUAAACAGACUUGCUUCAGUGUUAUCCAGAAUAUGCAUUCAGUACCAGAAUUAGUGUAGCUUUAUAAAUGGGGCUGUGUUAGACACUGCAUUGAUUUUCUAAUUCAUGAAAGUAGAUUUCUCAUUAAACUAGCACUUGAUUGACUGGUUUGUUAAAAUAAGAAUCUAGGCACAUUUUCCUAUGAAAGAAAUAAAAUUCAUAAUCAGAAUACAUGCAGUGUAAAACACAACCACCUGAUUCUUAGAACUGGAAGUGGCAGACCUCUCCUUUUGGUGCCUUUCAGACCUCUAUACAUACUAUUGUAGCUUUCUUUAGUUCAUAGUAUUUCAAGUAGAUUAGCUGAGACAGUGAAUGUAUUAGGUUCGACAUGACCUUGUGUUUUAUUUGUGUUUGCCAACAGGAUGCCUUAUUUGUUUGAGAAAAAAGUUUUACUAGUGUUCUAUGAGAUUUCCUUUUUUUGGAUUCUAAAGAAAUUGUUAAUCAUCAUAUGUUUGUUUCUUUUAACACCAUUUAGUGCCUUAAGUCCUAUCAAGAAAGCAGUGUUACUGCUGAUUGCCCAAAUAAGAGGUGCUUAUGUAGAUUUUGCUGUUGUCUUGAUGUUGAAGUAAAAGGCCAAUUUCUUAUACUUAAGCUGCAAAAGCAAACUGAAGGUAACUUUAGACUUGAUUUGAGAAUAAAAGACUGUUACAUUUGGUAAAAAUUAGUAUUUGAGUUAAGCUUACAUAUUUAUUUAUGAUGGUUAUCUUAUUAAAAGCAAUAAUCCUAAUCAAAUAAUCCUUGUAUCAGACAAGAUCCUCAAUAAUAGCAGUUUCUCUCAAGGAUUAAAUGUUUCAAUUCUAAAAGCUACUUUUUAAAAGCUUGCUUAGACACCUUUUUUUAUAGAUAAAAGUAAUCUAAUUAGAUUCUUGAAGUUAAUUUUGCUAAGUGGGUAAGAGUAAGAAGCAGCCAUAUUUCUUUCUGAGAUGAACUCUGGACGAAAUUGGUUUCUUUCCAAAGCCAAGAGUGAUCACUGUUACCUCCUAAUGGACUAUUCGAAGUAUAUGUUUUUAUAUUGCUUCCCAGCUUACUUUCCUGAAUAAUUAAUGGUUUAAAUAUUUCUAAUAGCCAUCUUGUAUUUGGAUAGAUUCUGAAGUAUAUUUUCAAACUCACUAGCUUUAUUUUCUUCAUGAAAAGAUCUACAAAAAAUGUUUCCCUAAAGUUAAUCUGUACAAAAUAAUCAUUUUCUUUUCAACUACUGUUACCCUCUUAUUGUUUGCAGUUGUACUAAUUUUGGCCAAACUAAUGUUUUCAUAAUAUCAGAAGCCAAGUCUGUGAUGUUUCUAGAGGAGAAAUACUGUUUUGCACCAUCCUCACUUGACACAUCGCCUAUCGAACUUUGGCUUUAGAGAAAAGUGAAAUUCUCAUUUUGACAGCCGAAAAUGAAUCCUUUUUUUUGUAUGAAGUUGAGUAAAUACUUAGCUGGCUAGCAUUCACAUUCCUUGUCAGGUCUUCAAAAUUUAUAAUAUAGUCAUAAUUUAAAGAUGUAGCUACAGUUAAAAAGGUAAAGCACAUAAUAAUUGCCACAACCAGGGUCGGAGUGAUUAGUAUAGCGGGUAAGGCAUUUGCCUUGCACAUGGCUGACCCAGGUUGGAUCCCUGGCAUCCCAUAUCAUCUCCUGAGCACUGCUAGGAGUAAUUUCUCAGUGCAGAACCAGGAAUAACCCCUGAGCAUUGCCGGGUAUGACCUAAAAUAAAAAGAGAGAAAGAGCAUAUUGCCACAACCUAGAAGGACAUUUUUAAGUCAGGUUAAACAUGCCUACCUGCAAAUACCUGAAACUAACAGAAAAAAAACUAUUUCAUUGGUGUUUAUUUCUUGUUCAGUUUAGUGGUGGGAGAAGCAACCUCCUUGUUCCUUCUUGCAUGAUAACCCAGUUUUGUACUUGAUCCUCGAAUGACAUCACAAAUUUAUGAGUUAGAAGUCAACCAUAGAUAUUGCCUGUUUUUGUAAAAUUACAUUGUCCAAUAGAGAACAUCAGUAAAAGGAAAAAUCUCUGCUUAAGAUGGCCUUAAAAGUCUUUAAAUUUCUCCACUUCUUUUUCUAAAAUUGAAAAUAUAUAUGUACUGGAGAGAUAGCUCAGAGGACUGGACAUGCUCUGCAUGAAGGAAGGAGCACUGGAAGUGGUUCCUGAGCACUGCAGGGUGUGACCCAAAUCAAAACCAGCCAGAAAAAGAGACACAGAUGACUUAUCCAGUCUUGUUUUCAAAUCUUUCCUUGUGUUUUUAAAUAUCUCACUUUUCAGGGCUGAUGAGAUAUGACCUUGGUAAGGCCUUGCACAUGGCUUACCCAGGCUCAGUCACUGGCACCCAUAUGACACCUCCCCCUCAGAGUGAUCCCUGAGCAUUACAGAGUGUCCCUGAGCAUCAUCCAUAUGAUACCUCCCCCCCCCCCCCCAGAGUGAUCCCUGGUCCCAAAACAAAGAUUAAAAAAAAAAGUCUCACUUUUAUUUUAAUAUACAUUUAUUUUAAUUACGUAGCUACUAUCCAACCUGUGACUUUGAAGAUACAUUCAUAAACCGGUGCAGUUGAAAGGUUAUUGAGUCACUUUAGUCCCCAAAAGUUGCUUCGGAUAUGAACAUUAUGGAUUUUAUUGCAUUUAUAGGAUGCAGCUUUUGUUUUAAACCGUACUUCUGUUUCUCAAAAAAUGUUUUUCAAGUAGUUUGAAAUAUUCCAGAAUAGCUGUGACUUUGUCAGUUGCUUUUCAUAUGUAACUGCACAAAUGUACACAAAUGUGAUAGUGAACAAUGUACACUAUUGGUUGUGCAUAAACUUACAUGUGCAUCUUUGAUAUCUGUAUUCACAAAUGCAUGUUUUCACAAAUCACCUUUAUAAGUGAAAAUAUUGAAAUCAAGGAUACAAGGAAACUUGCAUUUGUAGUCCAGAGUUUUAAGUGGUCCAUAACACAAUGUAUGGAAAUGUGAAAGACAAUUUUGUAUAUCUGUUUGUUACUAACUCAGAUCAUUAAAAUGAGAACAAUUUUUUAAACAACAAGAGCAGAAUGUUUUGGGGUUUGGUUUCUGUUGUCAAGAAUUGUGUGAUUCAACAACAUCAUGAUGUAGAUUCCUAACAACAUACAUCAUGUUUGUAGAAUCUUAAAGUUAUUAGGUACAAAUGGUGUAGGCCCCAUCUCAUUUUUGCAAAUGAUUAAGUCAGCCUUAUUGAUGAUAUUUAAUAAUAAUAAUAAUAAAUAAUAUAUUGGUACUUAAAGUUUUAUGUCAUUUUA